GGUCCUUUUCUUUGAUGAUCUCGAGGUGCUUAUCAAGUUGUUAUACUCUCUUUAGCUUCUGCCUCACCUUUGUCUUUGCUUCCCCAUGAUUAUUACUGGUCUUCCGUAUGUCCUCGAGCUCUUUGAGAAUGUUUGUUCGCGCUCUUAUAUCAAGAUAUCGUCAAAGCUUGCCAAGCUCGAGUUGCUACCGUCGUCUUUUUUGCAGUCCGAGUCGGUUCACUCGUUUCUACACAGCUACAAAGCUCUGGAUCUACUUUCGCUGGCAACUCUGCUUCAGUGCCUCGAAAAAUAUAUACUUGGGAUCCAAUUCGGACGACCGGUCGACCUUGAUUCGAAUUUGCUCAACUUCGACUCAAGCUCCAUCCCACACUACUUUCUUUCGGGACUAGCUGUGAUCGUACUCUAUUCUCUCUUGUUCUUGUCCUUGCUCGUGCUACAUGCACUUUUGAAGAGGAUUCUGAGUUUAACCGGGCUCAAGACUACCACCCAUUCCAUCAACAACGCACUCAAUAUCGAACCCAACACCCCACACACACAAUAUCGUCGUGCAAAGCACCAUAUCUCUCGCGCUCUCUCCUCCGUCAUUAUACCAACUCCGUCUGGAAAAUCGCGGUUUCCGGCAAGUUUUCUGAGGGUGGCUGGAGCUGCUAGGGUAAGCCGGGUAGCUGCAGUGACCGUGCCACGCUAUGCGAAUGACGCAGACAAGAUUUCGGGGGUCGUUGACCCUGGAAAAGUUGUCAACGUCGUUGAGAUUGAGGCAGCCGUUCUUUUGGCUGGGUUGGUUUCUGGGAAGUUGGAGUUGAGGGACCGGUGGAUGGGAGAAGAAGGGGAUGAUGACUUCGGCAUCAAAGGCCCCAACCACUCUCGCUCCAAAGACUCCUUGGACGAACUAAUCUCGUUAAUGAAAGGGUCUUUGGAAGUUUACGAGUACCAGUUCAAGCUCAAAGUGGGAAAGAAGAUGUGGGCCAGUGUGGCGAGUUGGGUGGUUCUGGCUGGCUAUGGUGGUACCACGACGGCGCCAAAGACAAAGGGUGUAGAUUUUCUUCAAUGUACUCGAUACGUGCAACGCGCCUCCUCUGGACAAUAUGCACCGAUCAUACGGUCUAUACAGCCUUUUUACUCCGAAUCCACUAUGAAGCUCGACCUAGACUUUGUCCCCUACGCCUCCUUCGAAUCCACACUCAAAGCAUUCAUUCACUCCAUGCCCCUUUCCGAAAACCAGAAUAUCGACGCUGUCCUGGAGUUCACAGUCCUUGCUCCGCAUGUAAAGUGGCUGAGUAGGGAAUAUGUGUUGUGUGCGAUUCCGUUCAUGUAUACUAAUGGUCGAAAUGCAAAUUCGAUUAUAGAAUCCGAUGCUACGCCGCCACCAACGCUGACUCCAACCCCGAUGCUCCUCUCGCUCAAACAGGUCAUCGAAAUUUUGACGUCCUUAUCAUCGUCGUCGUCUCUCCAAAUUCUUUCCUGCACAAACACGUCUUCGGAAUGUUCUUCGUCUCUGCGUGAGAUUGUACGUGAGCGGGAUUUAGUAGGUCUAGAUGGAGGUUUGAAUCCUAAGGGGCACGCACGUAGUGAAUGUGGAGGAUAUGGAGGAUGUGGAGAAGGGUCGUCGUCGUGGAUGCGGGAGAGAUCGAUGAUGCUUUGGCAGGCGGCGAUCUUGAGGGCUGGAUGGGUUCAGAGAUGGGUUGUGGUUGUAGGUAGAUAGUCAUCACAAUCAGUAUGAACGUCGUGAAACCGUACACUCAGCAGUGUAGUCAUAUGCUAGUGUAAGAUUCAAAUAUGUUCCGACCACCUUUAAACAGAUUCAGGUCAAAAAUUCAC